GUGUGCGAUCUUGACUUGUGAGUGAAAUACGGUUGGCGAGUACAUAGAUAGAGUGACACAGUUUAAUAGAAUAUAAACAGUUUCGAAAAGCUUGCUGAAGAUAAUGACGUGUGAUUAGGCAUAAAACCGCGACAACUCAAGAUAGCAGAAUUUCAGCUGAUACGUGAAAUUAUAUAUUCUAAACUGGCCGUGUUAAACGCUUCUUUACUUUAAAAAGGACUAAGGCUAGGCCUUAAAUCUGGUGUUUAAACCCUUACUGGUCGUUCAGCCGCUAUUGCAAUACUAACCAACGGUUUGCGCACGUGUAUAAGGUUACAUUAUAUUGGAUGCAAUUAUCCAUUAAUUGCGCUUAAACAGUUUAUUAUUAUCCGAUUGUGUUGUAACAAUAAGUGAUAUAUCUCUCGCCACGAGAUGGCUUAAUCCAUCGGAUAUAUCUACGUACGAGAAAGAUCCAACCAUCAACAUGGAGGGCGAGGAUGUUACUUGGGAUACGGUGGUCAUCCCUGGUGUAGAGGACACAUUGAGUCUGGAGGUUAUACAACAUCAACCUGUGAAACUGCUUUUCCAGUCACAUAAUGCAAGGGACACAAUUCAAGCAGAGCUAUUGCACAGUGGAUGCAAGAGUGGAGUCCCCUGUUCCAGACUGGGUCAUAGCGUACUGCAUAAUGGAGCUCAGUCUUUCUUGACAUUUUCUGUGCAUCCAGCCAAUGAAGGAUCCUCAAUACUGCUCAAGGUUGCCUGGGUGCUUCUGCUGACCUUGUUAAGCGUCUUGCUGAUAUGGAUGAUCAGAAAAUCAUGGAUGAAAAGAAAAAUCAAACCCAGGGGAGAUGUCCCUGGAAAGGAUGGUUCCACACAUUGUACUGGGGAUCCAAAACCUCGUGACUGCUUGAACAACCUGAUCUGUGCUGCUGACAAUGUGCCUUCAUUGGCCUCAAAAUCUGGAGCCGAAGCUGUGAAUUCCCAAAUGAUUCCUGACGCAAAGUCCUUGGACACCACCAGGCUACACUCCACUAUGUCAUGGACACCAUAUUUAGUGAUUCUUAGCCUUGCUGGGAUGAUGUGCGUUCUGCUGGUGAUGAACCCAUUUACAACUGGCAUAGCUGAUGACAGUAUUCCUACCCUUCGAAUAUCAGUUCCACAAGAGAAGCACAUACGGCAUGUGAGGUCCUAUGCCACUGACCCUAGCCUGCGCGAUGUACAGAUUGGCACCGAGUCCAGUUCCGUGUUUGUCACCAGACUUCAGCUGCUCGACCUGUCUAAGGACUGUCGUAAUAACCUAACCCAGUGUAGGGUCCACGCCUUGUGUAGCAGCCAGGGUCCAGGGCUGGGCAUGCAGUGUCGAUGUAACAGGGGCUUCUACCUGAAGGAUCUCCUAUGUGUUCCAUGCAGAACGUCCUGUGAUGAUGGGUUUUACAUGACAGAGCAGUGUAGCAUGGAGACAGAUGUCGUGUGCAAACCUUGCAGCCAUUGCAGUGGUAGUACUUAUGAGGCUGCUGCAUGUACCACCACCCAGGACACCAUAUGCAUCGAUGUGACGUUUCCACUGAGGCAGUUUGAGGCUAAAAUGGCAUCUUUAAGAGCAGACCUGGUGACUGUCAAUGUGAGCAUGUCCAGAAACUUGUUCAUGGAGCGAUUGGAUGGUAUCAAGAAACUGGAAGAGUCCAUCUACCUAUCCAGCAAUAAACAGGCCCUUGGCUUUGUGUGGGUGCGACCUGAAUCAGGUCUGACCAUUACAAUCAGGGCAUCAGAAAUAUUCCUGAUUCCUGAGUAUGCUGAUAUCAACUACAUCGAUGACGAGAAGUUUAUAAACGGUUCUGGCUCAAUGGAUGUCAAAGAACAGAUGGCAUCCAUUCGAAAAAACAACUGCAGACACCCCCUCCCAGAUGAGUACGACCUGAACAUGCUGGUGGGUAACGACCUUGCCAGUGUUGCGCGAGAGAUCGUGUGUGACUCCCAGAACACCAAUCUCCCACGGUGCCCCAGCGACUACAAGGACGGGGACAAAUAUGUGGCCCAGAUAUUCAGCAAGCCUUGCUCUAAAGUUCCCGAAAAGGCAGAGCAUGCUCAGUUUAAGACGAUCUCAACAAACACCAUCCAGUGUCCUGGCAACUCUGAAAUCGCCAAGGAGAUCUUCAACAAGAGGUAUGCUGACCCCGCAUAUCUGACCUUCCCGCCUGAAGAGUGCAAGAGCAACAUGGAGACAUGUGGACGUUGCUUGACAAAACAGGCGUGUAUAUCUGGUUCCAACGAGACCGACUGCUGCAACCUCCAGUGUCACGCUUCCUCGGAGUGCCAGCAGUUCUACAGUGAACAAUGCCCUGCACCGGAUAUAGAAUGUUCAAGAGGCACUAUUGUCCGAAUUGGAAUUGUGCCGCGGUUCGAACACAUAAUGGACGAAUUCAGCUGUCACUUGCGACAUCACCCACCGACUGCACUUUACCGAUUUUCGUACGAGACGACCGUGCCAUGGCUGAACUUCUCGUUUGGCUCACGGGUCAAGGAAGUUCCCUACAAGAACUUCACUGACUUCAUGCAUGGAUUUGAGGAAGAAGCAUUCAUCAGAAUGAAUCAUUUCACAGAGAGCAGAUAUGAUGACGAGGUCAUCUUGAAGGGUUCCUUCAAGCAUCAGGACCCAAGGAAGGCCGAGAACUUCACACUUCAUAAGAUGAAAAACAUUAACGACCUUCGACGAUCUCCAUUCACAAUAAGUUCGAGCACGACUAAGUUAUUUACUAAGAUACAAUUUGAACGUCCAUUUCAACAUUCUACACUAACGUGGAUUGAAGGAGGUUGCGAUAAGAAUUUGUCUCAAAUUUUGCCCUCCCAGCCAAUAUAUGAAGACUAUGGAAAAACUGUUCAACCACCGGAGAAAAGGAUGGACAAUGGCCAGUUUGUGUAUCAAAUCAUGUCUAAAGAUGAGCUUCCGCAUAUCAGGUUUUCAAUACCAGAAAAUACUUCAGUUAUGUCAUUUUACAAGGAUCGUUACGGAGAUUCGAAAAUGAAUCCUUGGUCUUUGAAUGGCGAACUGUCCUGGAUAAAGCAAAUGCAGUCUUGGAAUAUCACACUUACUGGAUCAGUUACCAUUUGUCCCGGACUUUUUACUUUGGAAGUCUUCCUCGAAGCGACAUCUGAACGCGUUGCAAACUAUGACAUACUUGUAGCCUGCCCAAAGGACUUUUCAACAACGUUCAUUUUACGAUGCAACUCGGUCAACGUUGUAGACGUUUUCUCUGUUGUCAUAAACGAUUCCUCCACAAGCCAUAAGAUUGUUUUGUCGUCCGUGCAAGGACCCCAAUAUUUUGUGGAUUCACACAGUUAUGCGGAGACAUCACAAAUAAACGAAUCAGCGCCGUGGCUUUUCCUCUUGGCAAUUGUUGCCAUCUGCUUUUGCAUAGCAGUAUUCCUACUAAUGUUCUAUGUUAAGUGUAAUAAAAAUAAACCGAAAACUGCUGUCACGGAUAUCCCUGUACCUAAGCCAGAUUUGGGACCGCAAAUGACUUUGCUUAAGAGCAUCGACAAGAUUGAAGAGAUUAGGGAAUCCAAGAAAACCAAAUUGAUAAAACUUGUUCUAACUGUGCUCUACGUGACCUACGCGGUGAUAUUCUCUUUCUGUGCGACGUUCGGCAUUUUUCAUGCACUUCAACAGCAUCAGAUUAACGAAGUUGGAGUGGCAGUCAAUGUAAGUUCUCAUGUUAAGGCUCUUCUGCAAGUCAGCCUUGAUGAGAUUGUCAGGAAGGAGACUGAUCAAGUGCAACAGAUGUUGGACAAAAUUGGCAAGCGUAUGCAUGCUUGCAGUAAUCAUUUAAAAUCAUCUUUUAAUGACAGCAGUCCGCAGAAUGUGAAUGAAAAUUUAUCAAACACGAUGAAACUAAUUUUUAAUAAUAGCUCGGGAAUUGUUAAAGAAAAACUAAGAGACUAUUCCAGAAAAAGACUUAUUGUGUACCAAAGAGGAAUGACAAAAUUUCUAAACGAAUUUAAUAAGACAUUGGACAAAAACUUGAAAUCAAUUCAGAUCAAAUAUGCAUCUUAUUUGCAAUCUGUUGCUACAAACAAGUGGUUUAAGUUUCCACAACAACUGUUUAUGGAGCAGCAACUACUUCAAAGAAACCCACUAAACAAGGUGACAGACAAUUUAGCGGCGUUCCUGACGUGGUUGGAAAUCGACAAGGUUCAGGAAAUCUUCGAGAUCAAAAAGAUGCUGAUGGAAAGGGUUACAUCUAUGCUGCCGACGUUAGACUUUUCAAUGCUUGAAGAUGUUGGCGAGAUUAGCGGCAUUCAACAGAACCCUGAAGAAGAUUAUUUCGUCAAUCUUAAGCCGUCUGCAAAUUUCUUUAAGUUCUCUUUUAGCGAACAAGAAAGCAGUUUAAGAUUUAACUCUGAGCCAGCGAAUGGAAAUGAAAAUACAAUGGCAACGGAAGAUGACAAUUCAGUACUAAGAAUUCGUAGUGUUAUAUUGCCUCUUUUCGUAGGCGUCUUUGUGUUGUUGGAUAUUUGUUUGCUAGUGUAUAGAUCAUCGUGGUUAAUUCAGUCGUGGUAUGCGUUUAAGCAUGGUUUAGAUGACCGUAUUCCAUGCGACACAAUUACCAAAAAAUUGCAUUUUAUACUGACUGGAAAGGAUAUUCCUAAGCCAGAAAAUGUAUGGGAGGAUGGGUAUGACCAUAUUCGGCGAAUGAAAGAUAAGAACUUUUGGGGUGAUAGUCGUAAAUACUUUGAAUACUGUCGCGGAUCCGACCAAGAGAGAAAAGACAUUUUGAACGAGCUGUGUGCAAAAAGUCAACAGUUAGCACCCGUAAAUAAUAGCUCAAAUAAGGGAUGUUUUCACAUUUACGGAUUAAAAGUGUUAAAACAUUCAUAUUCGCUAUUUAUGUCUGUCGUAUUUUGGAGAUUAGUGCUUAUGUGCGCAUUCGUGUUGUUAUUAUGUCUAGUUGCCAAAGUGACACAUGAUCUUGUGACAAUGGAAUCGGCGAUAUUCUUGCUGGAUAUAGACGCUAUGCAACCACUCUUGGACAGACAAAGUGACAUCAGUUUACAAGUUGUUGAGCAGUGUGUUGAAUACCUCAAUGAGUUUCUGGUGGUAUACAAAAACAGCAUUGACGGCGAGGUACAAACUAUAAACAAUAUUCUCGUUCAAGUGGCUGAAAGACAGCAACUGUUAUUGAACACCGUGAUCACAGACAUGUGCAACCUGGCGGGCUCCGAGUCCUGCGACUUUGGCACGAAUCUAGUCACCCUGUCGAUCACUUCGUGCAACUUCUUGCCGCUGCAUGCACAUCUAAGCCCAGGUGUUCAUAGUGAGAUGUUUCUCGAUGCAGUCAAGGCAGAGUUAUCUCCGUUAGUUCUCAAUCUUCGUGACAUCAUUUUCAAUUCCGUUUACCUACUGCUGAUUAGCGCGUGCUUAAUGAUCAUUUGUCAGAUCGCCGCCCGCGUUAUAUUUGUGUAUCUUGGGAAUUCAAACCAUUUAAAGCUGACCAAACUAUACCAGUUGCCGAGUGUUUGCAGUGACAUGGACGGGUCUCCUCGGUACCGCGGGGGUAAUGAGGACGAAAAGCAAUCCAAUGUAGCAGAAAGUUGUGAAAGUGGCGUAUACGACUUGACCAAUUAGUCUUAAUUAGCAUUGAAUUGUAUGUAAUUUAAAAUUAUACGAGGCUUCGCUCUUGAAUUGAGAUUUUUUUAGAUCAGUAUUGUGCUUUUUAAAUCCGAGUUUAUGACGAUACAUACUUGUUUUUUUUUAAAUGACGUUGCUUAAUGUUAUGUAUAUGCCGUUUAUUGCAUUGUGUUUAUAUUGUACGAUCAUAUUUUGAUGAUGUCUUUGUUACAUGAAAUCUGCUGUUAUAAUGUUGUUUGGUUUUACAUGCUGUGAUUCUCUCAUUAAAACAGUGAAACAACAAUGUCUGUUUGAACAGCGUAUAUCAAUUUGGCAUACUUAACAUCAAACUCUGACAUCCAAAACGAAGGAAUCUGUAAUGGCAUUACCCAUUAUUAUUUUAUUAGUCGUUUUGUGAUUUCAAAAUCGAACUGUAAGUAGAAUAAAACUUUUUAUAAUACGGUUCAUUAUAUAAUCCAAGCUAAAACAAAUUCAUUUAUGAAAAUAACAUACUUUUGUAAAACAAUAGAAUAGCUGAUGAACACUAUCUGCUUUAAAUAUUAUUCACUGACCAAAUUGUUCUCGAGUGUGUGCAGAGCAAAGGCCGAAUCGCAUCGGAGAGCGAGGGCAAUGUGGGCGAAAUGCAAUCCAAUGAAGCAGAAAGUUGUGAAGUAGGGUUUACCACUUGACCAAUUAGAUUAAUUAGAUUUGCAUUUGACCAACAUAUGUAUGAGACUUUUUAUCUGCAGACUUGCUUUUUAAGGUCGAGUGUGUGACAUUUGCUUAUUCUGAAAUGGAAUUGCUUAAUAUUAUGUUCAUGCUUAAUAUUAUGUAUAUGUAUGUGUUGUUUAUUACAUGAUGUCUUUGUUGUUGUAAGAUCAUGUUUUGAUGAUGUUUUUGUUACAGGAAAUUUAUUGUUAUAAAUGUGUUCGGUAACUUUUUGCGUGUUCGUCUAAUAAAAGGGCCUAGCUUUGUGAAGAAGGGGUUUACUGCAUGUGCGUAAAGUGUCACAGGCACAGGCUAAUCAGGGACGACACUUUCAACCUUAAGUUGAUUUUUGCUAAGAAGAUACUUUCUUGAAACGAAAGAUAUCAUAUAAGCGGAAAGUGUCGUCACUGAUUAGCUUGUGUGGACUGCACAGGCUAAUCUGAG